AUGACGAUGUUUGACAUCUUCACCAGCUCUAGCUCUCUUACCAGUCCAUUUCCCCUGACUAUUGGCAUCCUGUCAAUCUCAUUGUCUGGGGUGCUCUGGUAUCUGCGGCGAGAGAAGGGACAGACUCAGGCUGCUCCGCCGGUUUAUCCUUUUGAUCCAACUACUUUGGACCGAAAAGAGUCCAAAUCUCCAAUCCUCACGUUCGGAAACUCCAUGAUCCUACCAAAUCGCUAUGCCCAUGAGAUCCGGAACAACGACCUUCUCAGCUUUCGAGAUGGACUGGAGAAAGACUUCCUAACCACAGUCCCCGGCCUAGAAGCCCUCUUCACAGGGACAUUCCAUAACGACAUUGUCUGGGACACUGCAUCAGCAUUCUCGCGCAAGAUUGGCUUGCUGAUUGAGCCGCUCUCGACAGAGACAGGCAUUUUCUUGCAGGAGAAUUGGUCCGAAGAUACAGAAUGGCACGCCAUCCCGCUGAACGAGUCCAUGCAAUUCCUCAUCGCCCAGCUAACAGCUCGUAUAUUCGUCGGCAAAGAGCUCUGUCGCAACCAUGACUGGAUCCAGUUUGCUCUGGGCUACACCGCAAACCGAGCGGCCGCGAUCAAGGAACUGCAUCAAUACGGCCGCCUUAUUCCCAUUGUACACUGGUUUCUCCCGUCUUGCAGAGCGUUACGGGCUUGUGUUAGGGGUGCUAGACCACUUGUUGAGAAUAUUUUGAAUACUCACAGGAAGAUGCACCAGGGUGAACAGAAAGAGGAAUCACUAGAUGCCCUAUCUUGGAUUGACGGUGUUGCCGGUAGGACUGGGGUUAAAUACGAUCCCACGCUCACGCAGCUCCGACUAGCAUAUGCAGCUGUGCAUACAACCAGCGACAUGAUGACCAAGGUGCUAUCUGCAAUAUGUGAGCACGACGAGCUCGUCAAACCCCUCCGCGAAGAGAUCGUGGCUGUUGUGAAAGAGUAUGGAUGGACUGAAGCGGCAUUAGCAAAGAUGAUUCUGCUUGAUAGCGUCUUGAAGGAGACGCAGAGACUGGAGCCGCUUGCGAGCUUCACCCUCUCGCGUAUAGCCCGCGAAGCCGUUAUCCUGAACGACGGCACCCGCGUCCUCAAAGGCACGCAAGCCCGUCUAACAACUGACAACAUGUGGAAUUCAGAUAUCUAUCCCGAGGCUGCAAGCUUUGACGGAUACCGCUUCGUGAAGCUCCGUGACCAGGAUGCAGCUACUGGUGUUUCAUCCGGUGGCCUCUCGUUUGUCAGUGUCAGCGCCAACCAUAUGGGCUUUGGGUAUGGGAAACAUGCAUGCCCUGGACGGUUCUUCGCAGGUGCAGAGACGAAGAUUGCGCUGUGCCAUAUUCUGCUCAAGUAUGAUUUUGAACUCGUGGAUAGGGAGCUUGCAGGGGCCAAGACGGACGGGAUGAUGAUUUGGAGGGAUAAGAGGGCGAUGUUGAGAGUUAAAAGGAGGAGCGACGAUAUAGGACUGGAGUUUUAGAUAGCUUUCUGAAUUAUUCUCGAGUUUGAUCAAACGGAUUCAACAUAAUGUCAACCUAC